AUGGCCACAAUUACUGCCACACAGCGUGUGGUGAAUAAUCAUCUGACCAACAUCAAUUAUCAUCAUUUGUCAAGUGUAAUUAAAUACUUGAAUAAUCAGCAACAGACACCGCAACAACUGCAACAGCCAAAAACAUGGACCACAACCAAUGCAUUGUCAAUAUCGCAAAGAUAUUUUGAAAAGAUUGCCCCAGCGUCGGUUGGCAUUCCAGCAUUGAUGAAUCAAAAUUUUUAUGAUAUGCAGGAUUCUGGUUCAGAUGCAUCUGGUCAUGAUGGCUAUGGAAGACACAGGAGACAUAAUAGGGACAAGGAACCUAUAUUUCAAUGUCCCGACUGUGAUAAAAGGUAUCGCUCUAAAACCAGCUUAAGUCUACACAAACGUCUUGAAUGUGGAAAAGAACCAGCCUUCCAGUGCCCAUACUGCCCGCUCAAAACACAUCAGAAAGGUAACCUGCAAGUGCAUAUAAAAAAGAAACACAACGAUCACGGAGAACUUAAUAGGACUUAUUGA